AUGUGCCUCUCCCAUGCAGACUCUCUGAACACUGAAGCGCUCUACCGGGAGUACCGCGCCCUGAAGCAGGUCCUGGGCCAGGCUGGCGGCGGGCCCCGCAGCCCCGAGCAGUCGCUCCCCGCGGCGGCCAAGGAGGCGCCAGAGCCCAGCUGCUGGGGGCCCCACCUGAAUCGGGCGGCGACCCAGAGUCCGCAGCCUACUCCAGGGCCACGCUCGCGGAGGUGUGUGCAGGACUAUGGGGAGAGACUCAAGGCCAACCUGAAGGGCGCCCUGCAGGCCAGGCCAGCCUUGGGCCACAUAUCCUGGCCUCCACGAAGUACUUUGUCCAAGGUGCCCGCCCCAAGGCCGCCAGGCACAGCAGCUGCUCCCACCUCUCCAGAAGAAGUCAGUGAUGUGCCCCGCCAGCCUUCUGGGUCCCAGCCAAGGCCAGGCCGGCUCCAGCAGCUGCGGGAGUCUCUGAGCCUACGGCUGGGCUCCCUAAACCCGGACUGGCUGCAGCAGUGUCACAGUGGGGCCCCCGAGGCCUGCAAGCCUGGCCUGGGCACAGAGGGAUCGCAAGCUGUGACUUCAGGCGAGUCGGCCGUACGUGGCCCCAGCACUGGCUCCAAGGCACCUUCUCAGGACUCUGGUGCAGGGAGUCCCCAGUCCAGUGACAGUCGAAGCAAGAAGCGGAGACGGAGUGAGGAACCCAGGGGGAGCCCCGCACUGGCCCAGCGGGGCAGCUGCCCAGCGGGACCCCUGUCUGAGGGGGCUGGGGCUGCAGCACUUGAGCAAGAGCCUCCAGGGCAGCUUGCACAGGCACAGCCACCUCCACCCUACAGUGGUCACUUGGCACCCAGCUGCCCUGGCUUCGGUCCCUCGAGUCAAACUAGGGCAGGGAGCGGGCAUCGCCCACCUGAUUUGUCUCCUAGGACAUCCCUUUGGGAUGGGGGCAACUACGUGAAGCUCAACCUAAAGCAGAAACACUAUGCACGGGGCGGGGCGCUUCGCGGCAGGCUCCUCCGCAAGCAGGCGUGGAAGCAGAAGUGGCAGAAGAAAGAAGAGUGCUUUGGGGGUGGCAGGCCCCAAGCCUUGGUCAAGAAUUCUUGUUUCCGGUGUGGGCAGUUUGGCCACUGGGUAUCUCAGUGCCCCCAACCAGCAGGUGCAGAGGACACAGGGCCUUCUGGGUCUGAGCUGCUGGUGCCCACACAGUGGCCUGUGCCCAAGGCACCCCGCCUGAGCCCCGCCAUGCUGCCAUUCUACCCACCAGGGCCCUCAGGGCAGGUAGCAGAGACACCAGCUGAGGUGUUCCAGGCUCUCCAGCGGCUGGGGCACCGAGCCUUCCGCCCUGGGCAGGAGCAGGCAGUCAUGCAGAUCCUGUCUGGCAUCUCCACGCUGCUGGUGCUGCCCACAGGCGCUGGCAAGUCACUGUGCUACCAGCUGCCAGCUCUGCUCUAUGCCCAGCGCAGUCCCUGCCUCACCCUGGUUGUCUCUCCCCUCCUGUCGCUCAUGGAUGACCAGGUAACAGGCCUGCCCCCAUGUCUCAAGGCCUCCUGCCUCCACUCAGGCAUGACCAGGAAGCAGCGGGAGUCAGUUCUGCAGAAGGUGCGGGCAGGCCAGGUGCAUGUGCUGAUGCUGUCACCAGAGGCACUGGUGGGGGCUGGGGCGGGGGGCCCUGUCAGCCUCCCGCAGGCCACCCAGCUGCCUCCAAUCGCCUUUGCCUGCAUCGACGAGGCUCACUGCCUUUCUCAGUGGUCCCACAACUUCCGGCCCUGCUACCUGCGCGUGUGUAAGGUACUUCGGGAGCGCAUGGGCGUGCACUGCUUGCUGGGACUCACUGCUACGGCCACACGCAGCACAGCCCGUGACGUGGCCCGGCACCUGGGUGUAGCCGAACAGCUUGGUUUCAGUGGAUCAGCUGCUGUCCCUGCCAACCUGUACCUCUCUGUGUCCAUGGAUAGGGACCCAGAGGAGGCCUUGGUGGCGCUGCUACAGGGUGACCGUUUUCGUGUCCUGGGUUCCAUCAUCGUUUACUGCAACCGACGUGAAGACACAGAGCGGGUUGCUGCGCUCCUCCGAACCCGCCUGUGUGCUGCCCGGGGCCCGGGGCCAAGAGGUCAUGUGUCAGAGGCUGUAGCUGAAGCCUACCAUGCCGGCAUGAGCAGCCGGGAGCGACGGCGGGUGCAGCAGGCCUUCAUGCAAGGCCAGGUGCGGGUGGUGGUGGCCACGGUGGCCUUCGGGAUGGGGCUGGACCGACCGGAUGUGCGGGCCGUGCUCCACCUGGGGAUGCCCCCAAGCUUCGAGAGCUACGUGCAGGCCGUGGGCCGGGCCGGGCGUGACGGGCAGCCUGCCCACUGCCACCUCUUCCUGCAUCCCCAGGGCAAAGACCUGCAGGAGCUGCGCAAACACGUGCAUGCCGAAGGCACUGACUUCCUUGCCGUGAAGAAACUGGUGCAGCUCGCCUUCCCACCCUGCACCUGCACCCGGCCGCCCCCAGAGCAGGAGGAACACAAGAGCGGGGAGAGGCCUGUGGCCAUGUCCUCCCUUCAGGAGGCCAAGCAACACAGCAGCCACUCAACAGCUCCAGUACCCAGAAGGGCCUGCCCAGGCCAUGAGCAGACACUCCCAGUGCAGCCGACGGUGCAGGCUCUGGACAUGCCGGAGGAGGCCAUCGAGACUCUGCUGUGCUACCUGGAGCUGCACCCACUGCGUUGGCUGGAGCUGCUGACGCCUACCUAUGCUCACUGCCGCCUGCACUGCCCUGGGGGCCCCGCCCAGCUCCAGGCCCUGGCCAACAGGUGUCCCCCUGUGGCCAUGUGCUUGGCCCGGCAGCCACCUGAGGAUGGAAAGCGGUGCAGCAGUUCCGUGGACUGUGAUGUAGCUGAGCUGGCAGACUCGAUGGGCUGGGAGCUGGCCUCCGUGCGGAGGGCUCUCCGCCAGCUGCAGUGGGACCCAGAGUCCAGGACAGGUAAGCCACAAGGCACAGGGGUGUUUGUGGAGUUUGGGAAGCUGGCCUUCCACCUGCGCAGCCCUGGGGACCUGACAGGCGAGGAGAGAGACCAGAUCUGCGAUUUCCUGUACGGCCGUGUGCAGGCCCGGGAGCGCGAGGCCCUGGCCCUUCUGCACCGAACCUUCCAGGCCUUUCACAGCGUGGCCUUCCCCAGCUGCGGGCCCUGCCUGGAGCAGGCUAAUGAGGAGCGCAGCACCAGGCUCAAGGAUCUGCUUGGCCACUACUUUGAGGAAGAUGAAGAAAAGGCACAGGGGCCAGUGGGCAUGGAAGAGCUGCAGGGCCCAGAGCCAGGGCAGGCCAGGGUGCAGGACUGGGAGGACCAGAUCCGCCGUGACAUCCGCCAACUUCUGUCCCUACGGCCAGAGGAGAAGUUCUCAGGCAGGGCUGUGGCCCGCAUCUUCCACGGCAUCGGGAGCCCCUGCUACCCAGCCCAGGUGUACGGGCAGGACCGGCGCUUCUGGAGAAAGUACCUGCACCUGAGCUUCCAUGCCCUGAUGCACUUGGCCACAGAAGAGAUCCUGCUGGUCAGCCACUGACUGCCCCACAUGGGAGGGCACUGGCUCUGUGGCCCCCAUGUGGAGGUUGUCGAAUAUAGCAGCUUGUCAAGGCAAAGGUGGACCUGUCAGUGGCCAGGACAGUGACUGACCACCUGAGCAAAACCCACCAGCAGGAGCGUGGGGAUGAGGAGGCUCCAAAAUGCAGAAUAAAACAUGAAGUUGUUUU